AUGGUCGAGGUUGCAGUCACCACCCCCUCCCCAGCACCCGCCACCGGGCCCUCGUACCCACCGCCGUCGCUCGCGGACCUGAGCAGGAACGCGUCCGUCAUCUCCUCUUCCUCAGACUCCGAGUCUGCACAGUCCGUCCUCCUCCGCACGCCCCGCCCAAGACCCAUCCGCACCUUCUCAGGGCCGCACUCGCGCAGCCCAGACGCCUCGAUCGCGCGCUCUCCGCAGCGCUCACGCCCGCCAGCCCACCUCGCGCGCGAGUUUGGCUUGGCCGACGAGCCUUCAUCGCCACGAACAGGACCAGGACCUGGGGGAGGACAGGGAAGAGUAGGGGCCAGCGGUGGACCAGGGACAGCGGUGGAAGAUUCGGACGAAGAAUACGACUCUGCCGGGACAGCGCCAACACCGCGAUCGCACUCGAUGGUUCAGAGUCCAGUCAGCCCGUCCAGACCACGGCACAGGAGCAAGAGCGGCGUGCGCAAUAGGUCCGUGAACGCGCGCGGCGCGAGCACCGAGGACGAUUUCAUCUGGGGCGAGACGCUCGGCGAGGGGUCGUACUCCACCGUGAUGCGCGCGACGUUCAAGCGGAACGGGAAAGACUACGCCAUCAAGGUGCUCGAGAAGAACCAUCUCACGCGGCACAAGAAGACGCAGGUCGCGCUCGCGGAGAAGAACACGCUCGCGAAGCUCGGCAACGGACACCCGGGCAUCAUCCAUCUCCACUGGACGUUUCAGAACCUCAGCUGCCUUUACUUCGUGCUAGAUCUAGCACCUAAUGGCGAGAUGCAAACGCGCAUCUCGCGCCUCGGCUCGUUCUCGCUCGACUGCGCGCGGUACUACGGCGCGCAGCUCGUCGACGCGCUCGAGUACAUGCACGGCAAAGACGUCAUCCACAGGGACCUAAAGCCCGAGAACCUGCUCUUCGACGAGUCCUACCGGAUAAAAAUAGCCGACUUCGGAACGGGCAAGCUUCUCAAUCCCGACGACAAUCCAACGAACACGUUCGUCGGCACUGCGCAAUAUAUCUCGCCCGAGCUGCUUGAGAAGAACGAGUCGAGCAAGAGCUCCGACCUCUGGGCCCUCGGCUGUAUCGUCUAUCAAAUGAUCGCGGGCCGCUUUGCCUUCUCGGCAUUAACGAACUACCUCACGAUGCAGAAGAUCAAGACGCUCGACUACACGUUCCCCGAGGGCUUCGACCCCGCCGCUCAAGACCUCGUCUCCAAGCUCCUCGUGCGCGACCCGCUACAGCGGCUCGGCGCUGGUCCCCCCGGGUCGGCGCUGUCGCGCGAGACGCUGAGAGAGCACGCGUUUUUUGAAGGCGUCAAGUGGGACGAGCUGUGGAGCGGGGACGUGCCGCCGCUCGAGCCGGGGCUGGUGCGGAAGGAGCAGCGGAAUAGCGGGAGCGAGGAUCAGGAGUGGGCGGAUGCGAGUGCGGGGUGGGACGAUCAGAUGACAGAUGAGGAGGACGGCGGGACGGGGAGCGGGAGCGAGGUGGUGGUGAAGGAGGGCGAGGGCGUCCAGAUGCAGGUGCGGGAUGUUGAAGGACCAGAGGGGGUGAUCACGCCCUCGGGGACGAUGGGGGGGUGUUCGAGGGAUGGGAGCGGGAGUCCGACGGCGCGGAGGGAGGUGGGGGAGGGGAAGGGAGGGAGGGCGGGCGAGGACGAGAUGGGGUGGGCACAGGACGCGGAGCCUAAUCCUGAGUUUAUGCGCUAUAUGCAGCGCAGCGCGCUCGAUCCUGCGCAGCCGCGCGUCGAGGGGGCGAUCAUCGUGCACGACUACGCUCUUUCCUCCAACUCUGCGCUUGACCCCAGCCCGUACGACACGAUGCAGGAGGUCGGGCCGAUGGGCGAGGCGCCGGACUAUGCGCUGGGCUUGGUCGUUCCGCCUGCAACAUAUGCGAUCGAGGAAGACGCGGUGACGAUGUCGAGCGCGAACGCGAGCAAGCGGAACAGCGUCGAUAUCGGAACGGUCAGAGGUGUUGCUGUGGGCGCGAACGAGGGUGCGGCUACUGCCCCCAUAGCGAUUCCGCGUCCUGUGCGUGCGGGUACAGCCACGACUAGUGCCACGGCGACGAUUACCGCACCGGGAGCGGCGUCGGAGAGCUCGUCGGACGCGGAUCCGGAGGGAAGUCCGGUGGAGAGGCUGGCGGAGCUGAGCUUGGGCUCGGGCUCGGGCUCGCGGCUGAGCGGGCUCAGAGGGAGAGAUAGGAGCGAGACGCCGGUGCAGGGGAACGGGCCGCCUGCUGAUUGCGAUUUGUCCCCGAUCCUGACACCGGGCGAAGUGAUCCUUUUUAGCACGCGCGUCGAGGCGCGCUCGCCGAAGCGGCGCGGCUCGAAGCUGCGUCUGCCGUCGUUGAAGGGUGUCCCGCCGAUGCAGCGCACGAAGCCGCGCCAGCUGCUGCUCACGAAUAAGCGGCUUCUUGCGCUCAAGUACCGCGUGCCGUCGGCGUCCUCGGGGCGCAGCUCGGAGGGCGGGGUGUCGGUGAAGGCGGAGCUCGCGCUGAGUGAUGCUGUGUUCAAGGAUUUGGAGAGGGCUAGGUCGGCUGAGCGGGAGAUGAGGGAGAAGGAGCGGGAGCGGGGGAAGGAGGAGAGGACGAGGGAGAAAGACGCGGCGGGUGCGGGAGGUGCGGGCGCGGGGUCGAAAGAAAAGGAGAAGGAUAAGUCGAUAGAGCGCGAAGAGAAGACGCGCGAGAAGGAACGAGAGAAGGAGGCGCGCAAGGAGAAAGAGCGAGAGAGGGAGAGGGAGAAGGCGAGCGAGAGGGUUAUACGGGACGUGGUGGAGAGCGUAGCGCUGAAAAGCGAUCGAGAAUUCGUGGUUUUGACUUCUGCGAAGUCGCUGUCAUACGCGACCGAGACGAGCUCGGCGUGUUCGAUGUGGGUCGAGAAGAUCACGAAUGCGCUGCGCAAUCAGGCGCAGAACCAGGCCCAGGCUCGGAAUUAGCCAGCUCACCAUAUCACACUCUCUUUCUCUUCCAUCCUUUUAUUUUCCUUCUUUGCUGUUUGCUUCUCGUUCACAACAUCGCACACUAGCAUAACGCAACGCCACCAACAAACACACGACGGACGGAUACGUCCCGCCUUCGCGUCAGUAUAUUUAUCAAAUCCCGCAAUUCGCACUUCUCGCAACUUGCAUGCACAGUCCCAUCCAUAGUUUUUUCCCUCUCCUUUUAUUAUUAUUGACCAAAC